AUCGGAGCGGCUCCAUCGUUGUGGGACAAGGCUGCAGAUUGGGGAGGUCACUAUCAAUUUAGCGAUGACCACGUCUGAUCACACUCACGUCGAAAGAUGAAAAAUUACCACAGACAUGCUAUGGUGAGUAUACAUCUUGGUUUAAGUGAGGGUCACUUCGCUCGCCAAUCUCUCACACAGUCGUUGAGCCUUUCUAUGUUCUGAGUCACGCCUAGCAGUCGCUCAAACUGCCAUCAUCACCAGUACCGGUAAGCCGCCUCUGAUCUCGUUGAAAUUUCGAAUGUUAUGCCGUCCGUGGAUGGGUCUAUGCUAUCCUGUUGGUCACUUACUAGGUGAGAUUUCGUUUUCGACCUCGGCGGCCUGCUGGCUCAGAAAGGUAUCCCUAAUGCAUCAAAUUGGUGGCCUCCACCAUCAUGGCAUGGUAACCGGCGAUUACCGGAGUCGUCACUUGCUUUCUCGCGCCCAAUUUGGGAACAACCUUGUUCAUGCAGUAUUUGAGACUGCUCGUCAGUUUCCGGCUCGCUCACCUCAAACAUCACGCCUCGAUCUACCACCGUAUCUCUGCAGACAGGGACCUACCUGUGAGGUUGGUCAACCUCAUCCUCCGCAUCAGAUUCAACAACUUCAACAGAUCUUAUACCUACCCCAGAUUAUCAGAUCAGAACAGUCGCGCGCCAUGUCGUUGCAAGACUCGCCACCCAACGAGUACUUUCUGAUCACCUUCUCAUUCGACAAGGAUGACGCGGACGAAGUAGCAGGUGUCGGCUUCUCACUUACCGUCUCAUACUCUCAGGACACCACCGUCAAAAUUCUUCUGUUGGUUUGCUUACCCGUUCAUCUGACGACCAGAACUAAAAGAUACCACAGGUCUGGGGAGGACCACAUAACUCCAGAAAAAGGCUUGGUCGUUAGGCUCUUGGUAGACACUAACAUGGAAGCGGAUCAAUUUGUUUCGAUCAGCAAGCGCCACAUCCUCGAGGACGUCCGCGGUAAAGCCGGAGUAGCGUCAGUCGAGGUCUCGGGUCCAGCUCGCCAUAUUCAGCCAAACUGCGCAUGGCUUGAAAGAGGUGGCGAGUGGUACGAGAUCGACUGUAAUGGUCUACGUGAUGGCUACAGAGCCUGUCGAUUCAUCGAUGACCAUGGCACACGCUGGCUGAGGAACUGCACUCACGGCGACGAGUGUCCCGAGGAUGACGGCGACGCCGAUGGUGACCUGACGACUGUGCGUCAGCUCAUUGUUCCUGCUGGCUCGGGGGAGAAGAUUCCGGAUGUGCCACCCAUCACAAAAAAGCCUCCUGUGUGGUCCGAGUAUGACAUGAAGUUCCCUGAUCCCUCAACACAGGAUCGAGAAACUAAGCGUCCUCGAACUUGAGCAAAGUUUCCGAAGCACACAGCUGCAACCUCUGCUCACGCUUCGGGCUGAUGGAAUAGCAGGAACGCAGCGCGGUCUUCCACCGGAGAGAUGAGAGGGUCCGCGGAAU